AUGAAGUUCCUGACACCUCUAGUGCUGACUAUCGCGAUCGCUGCUGUAUCCGCCGCUGACAACUCGUCGAGCGGCUCGCUUUCGAUGCCCUCAUCAUUACCGAGCUCGUCGUCCGGUUCUUCGGGCGACUUUUUUGACUUGGAAAGCGCUAGCGAGGCUUCGGCGGCUUCAGCUGAAAGCUUUUCUGACGACAGCCUUGGUUCAUCUGCCUCUGGUGACUCCGGUAGUGUCGACGAAGACGAUUCCUUCAUGAAUGACAGCUCGAGUGGCUCCGACAAUUUCCUCAUCGAAAAUUUCUCGUCAUCAGGUGACGACUUUAGCAGUAGUAUGUUUGAUGCUGAUGCUGAUGCUGAUGCUGAAGAGACUGACACAGCUUCCGCCAGCGCGUCAAUGGACUCAGGAUCAAGCUCGGGGACUUCCAGUAUCCAAUUCGCUGCAUUUUAUACGAUUGCAACGGUCUUCAUUACCAUUGGGACUCUUUUUUAA